AGCUGAUUUGACGGCGCUCUGUGUGUGUGAGGAGCGGAUCUUGACUUUCUCCGUCCAGGCUGCUCCAGAGACCGUCGUAACACCCCUCCAGGAAGAGGUCUACCUGCCGGGGCGCCUAGGACUGGCUCGGUGGAUUGUACGACUAAACUCUAGGAUUUUAUUUUCUCAAGAAAAACACAGAACGUCGUUUCAGUCUGGAGAUCUCCAGCGUUUGGAUGUCACAUUCCUGUCGUUUCUGAAGAGCUCGGCCCGACAGCACACACAGCGAGGCUGCCUGGGAUCAGAUCCUUCAUCACCCCUUUUCUUCUUUUUUUCUGAGGAGGGAUCAAGACGAGAGAGUGCGUGUGUUAUGAAGGGAAGAGGACCCGGUGUUUGCUUAAAUAUGUCUUCUCCGUGUGUAAGAGAAAGACACAGGGAGCUGUUCUGAGGUCAAGGCCUCCCUCCUCCUCCCCCAGGAGUCCCAUGACAGCGUGAGGCACAACCCCGGGGUUGCUAUAGCUACGCCGACCGACUUAAAUAUUUGAAAACUCACUUGGAGAAGCAACACAGACUGGAUCUACUGGUUGGCAGUGGAAAGAGCCGGAGGGGCAUCUUAACAAGUGAGUUAGCUUUGUUUCUCCUGCUGGUUUUAAUCACCAUGAGAAACUGACUACUACCCAAACAUAAAGAGGUGUUUCCCAGUGAGUGGACCUGAGGACACUAACCCGUCCUCUCAGAUAACAAGAGACUUCUCUUUGGAUCACCUUACGUCGACCUGUCAGAAGCACAAUGCCGGCAAAGACGCCAAUGUACUUAAAAACUACAACUCCCAAGAAGGGAAAGAGACCGAGGCUCCGUGAUGUCCUCUCAGGUGACAUGAUCAGCCCCCCGCUGGGCGAUGUGCGUCACAGCGCCCAUGUGGGGCCCGAAGGGGAGGGCGACAUGUUUGGAGACGUGGGUUUCCUGCAGGGUAAGAUGGACAUGCUGCCGGCCCAGAGUCGGGUGCAGGACGGGCGGUCCCACAGCGUGGAGACACACCUGGAUGACGGCUUCACCGCGAGACAGGACACACACAACUACGCCUACAAUGGUUACCACUACCAGCACACCGCCACCGGCCUCCUGAAGACCACCAUCUCCAUGCCUGUGUUCAUCUCCCACGAACAGGCUCCGCCCAAACCCCCACGCCUCCACCUGGACGACCCCUCCUCGUCUUCUCUGCCUUCCCAGCAAAACAGCUUGCACCCCCAUCAGCAGCCUGCGGACACAAGCCCCAAACAGGCAAACGGCUACAGGCACACAGAUGACCACAGCCGGGUCUUUGAGAACCAGCUGGGGGGCCGUUUGGCGUCAGAGCCCUGCCGUGACAUCUCCCUCUGCCCAGCCAUCCGCAUGCUCGUCCCCUCCUCCGGCUCCUUCUCAGAGGCCUCAUCUGAGGACUCCAUGUCAGAAACCUGCGGGCCGCUGGACGGUCGCCGGGGCCUCAGCCUGGACUCUGAUGCCGGCCUGAGCAACGAGGAUUUGAGGAGUGAGCGCAGCGAGUCGCCCUGCGCGGCCUUCCAUCCGGCCAGUCUCACAGUGUCAUCUGGGGUGUCACGGUCAGACUCUAUGGCCGGCUUGAACUUGGAUCUGGGCCCGUCUAUCAUGGAGGACGUCCUGAGUAUCAUGGACCGCUACAAGACUGAGGACAACCGCUGUGAGCUGUGAAGAAAGGUUAAAGGGUAACUUCUGCAUUUUUCAACCUGGACCCUAUUCUCUCAUGUUUUUGUUCCUAAGAGACUGAUUUGAACAACAAUCUAUGAAAUGAGUCCAGUAUUAAGCAAGAUGCAAUAAGAUGCAAUGUAAUGUUAAUAUGCAAUUACAAACCUUUAAUUUACGUCCACAAAAAGUCUUGUUUUUCCAUAUGCAGGCUCAGAUUAAACGUGUUUGACAUCCUUAUGGAAAGGAUCCCUACAGAGAUAGAGCUUUUUAUUAAAGAAUAAGCCUAAACAGGUCUAAACUGCCCUGAAAUUGCCAUCACCAAACUCACCAGACACCAUUAAAAUAAACAGUAAUUUUGUCAUCGUAAAACACACUUCUAUUAGGGUUGACAGAAACAAAAUAAAACGAAUCAAAAGCCGUCUUGGCUUGUCUUUCCACUGUUCUAACAAUCACCACUCUGGUGUGGUGUAAAUAACCUCCUAAUUCACUCAUUUACAUGUGGAAUUAUGCUGGCUCCACACACGCUAAAAGUGCUGAUUACUUUCAUAGAGUCUGGUGAGUUUGGCAAUAGCGAUUUUGGGGCUGGUUCUGUUUUAAAUAAAAAGGACAAUCUCUGUAGGGAUCCUUUCCAUGAUGUUGUCAGCGCUUUGGAAUAAUAAUCUGAGCCUGUCAGCGGCAAAAACUGUUGUUUUAGAGGACGCUGACUGAACAUCUGCCCUGCAGGAUGACACUGGAGCCCGGUUCUUGGAUGCUGGUCACAGCCUUCUCGCUCAAUACUGGAUUCAUUUCAAAGAUUUUUUCACAUUAGUCACUUAGACACCGACGUAGGAAAAGGGGGUCUAGGUUGAACAAUAUCAGAGUUACCAUUUAAUGUGAUGUACAGAUAUUUUACACAUAGUUUAAUAAAUCCUUAAAGACUUGGUAAAGAUAUAAGGAUGGAGGAAUGGAGGGUGGAGAAAAUGUAUGUUUCCAGAAGACUUGACAGCUGAGUUUAAAGGCCGUUGAAAGAUUUAAGAAAGACGAGAAGCAGAUGGACAUUGUUGUGAAGUGUUGGGACGUCGCUGCCGACGUACCGACAGCCGAGGCAACAGGCUGGUCCUCAGGAGCCUUCAUCCAAGCUGAACCUAACAAACACUCAAACUGUAAGAUUACAAAGUCACCUUGUUAUCACAAACUCAUUCCCCUUUCCUGUGGGCGAAACACCAGCCACAACCCACAUUGUUUUGUCUCUCGAUCGGACCUGUGCUGAGAAUGUUCUGCUUGUUAAUGGUUAACAAGAGUCAGAUAUUAACGUGUCAACACGGACUCGGGAGAAAUCAGCAGCUGUGAGCAGCCGGACUCACUCAUCCACUGUGGAAACUACAGCUACUGAUAAAUAAUGUCUUACAACUGCAGAUGUUUAAACUACACACUCAGUCACAUUAAGCUGAACUGCAAACAUGAAUACUUUAAUGCUGAAGGCCAUAUUCUGUCCAGAUUCCUCUUGGCAGCCGGAAAUGUUUCAGAACACUAUUGUAUAUUAAUAUUUUAUCUGGUUAACUGUACUGCUUCAAUGCCAGAUGAAUGUGAAAACUUCUGAUUUUACUCUCCUUUUUUAAAAGAUGUAAGGUAAAAUAGUCCCUAGUGUUAAUAAUGAACAGCAGCCCUGACAUUUCACUGUCUCUCUUUUGAUCAGAGGGAAACUGAAGAAGCUUAUUCUUGUAGUUUAAAUAAGAAAAGGCUUGACGUUUGAGAAAUGUGCCGCUUUGUAGGUCAUUUUUUCAAUUAUCUGUCUUUUUAAAAACACUCCUCUUCCAUGUUGCGGCUCACUGUCCGCAUUAUCACAGCAGCCUAUUAUUCAAAUGUCUUUUGAGCUGUAUAAAUGUAUCACUGUAAAUGUAAGAAUAAAACGUUCCUACAAAGAAAA